UAAUGCCACUUCCGGAUAACUUCCGUGUUGUCAUAUUUGAAAUUGGGGCAUUCAAAUGGGAUUAAUACUCGCUAGUAUUAAUGUUUGAUAAGUCCGUAAACUAAAUGGAAAGGAUAUGGACGCGAAGUAACGUUAAACAUAGAAAAAUAGCCAACGUAGCUCUCAGUCCUACCUGCUAAUCACUCCGUGGCUGGUGAUGGAGAAGCUAAUAUCUAAACUCACUGAAAAGCAUUUCCUUUUCACGGCUUCCUUCGUUAUAAGACUGGCUUUGGUCGCUUAUGGAGACUACCAGGACAGGACAAUGGCGGUGAAGUACACUGACAUUGACUACCAUGUGUUCACAGAUGCUGCGAGGUUCAUUACUGAGGGCGAGUCCCCAUACAACAGGUCAACCUACCGUUACACUCCUCUGCUGGCCUGGCUUCUCACCCCAAACAUCUAUCUUAACAUGGUUUUUGGAAAGAUCCUCUUCAUUGUAUGCGAUGUGCUGUCAGGACUGCUCAUCUACAAAGUCCUCUGCCUGCGAGGUCUAAGAGCUGAGACUGCACGCUGUGUUUCUUCUUUGUGGCUUCUCAACCCGUUGCCCAUGGGCGUGUCCAGCCGAGGGAAUGCUGAGUCAAUCCUGGCAGCUCUGGUGCUGGGGACUCUGCUCUGCAUGGAACGCAGAGCUCAGCGUCUGACCUGGGCAGCGCUGCUGUAUGGUUUAUCGGUUCAUAUGAAGAUCUACCCUGUUACGUAUGCUCUGCCCAUUGCCCUGACCCUUCGCACAGCUGAAAUCAGGGUAGAUGAAGCCAAAAAGGUCUCAAGAUUCAAGAAGCUUGUCGGCUUUUUUGUUGGUUUCUUCAACCAAGAUCUGCUCCUAUUUGCAAGUGUGGCUGGCGGAGUCUUCUUUACACUCACAGCACUCUUCUAUUACAUGUAUGGUUGGCAGUUUCUUUAUGAGACCUAUUUGUACCAUCUGACCAGAAGGGACAUCAGACACAACUUCUCUCCAUACUUCUACAUGCUCUACCUUACUGCAGAGAGUACGUGGAGCCAGUGGCUAGGCUUGGCAGCAUUCCUGCCGCAGUUUGCCCUGCUGUUGGUAACAUCAUGGAUGUAUUACAAAGACCUGGCCUUCUGCUGUUUCCUGCACACAGCCAUUUUUGUUACCUUCAACAAAGUGUGCACUUCUCAGUACUUCCUCUGGUACCUGUGCUUACUUCCUCUGGUCAUCCCUAACCUGAGUCUGACAGUAAAACAAGGGCUGGGACUACUGCUCCUCUGGUUUGCUGGACAGGCCAUCUGGUUGGGCCCAGCCUACUUCCUGGAGUUUGAAGGCUACAACACCUUCUUAUGGAUCUGGCUAGCCGGAUUGCUCUUCCAGGUCGUCAACUGCUUUAUUCUGAUCCAGAUUGUAACUCAUUACAAACCAACAAAAACUCCACUGAGACUGAAAGCUGAAUAAAACCCAAAUGUAUUCAAA